CGAACCUGGACCUGACUGCCCGGACCCUUGUGAUCAGCGUGAACCGCAUAGUACCAGCCAUGGAGUCUCGCAGCAACCCCAAGAGGGCCCGGGUGACCGACAACGAGGCUCACGAACCGAUGCAGGCGUGGCGCCGAUUGAUCCUCAAGAUCUUCCUGGUGAUGGCACAGGUGACCAGUCUGACCAUCAACCUCGUGUUCCCCAAGCCUCGCAAGGCACCAUUCUCAGUGUGGCCCCUCUCCAAGAUUCCGGAGGGGGGGUUUUCCGACGUGGAGAGCGUGGGCAGCUUCCAGGUGAUCGACGAGGAGACAGAGCACCUAUCCCAGAGGUUCUCAUCGGUGACACCAUCCCCGGGAUCACCUGCACCGAGCCAGAGGUCGGAGGCCAACAACUACUUGACGGAGGACGACUAUAAUGAUGGGGGUUCCACCGAAUUGUCAACACGGACAACAAGCCAAGUUGUACGUGACCCGGAAGCAGGGUCCGAACUUUGGUCGGACAUUCUGGCGAUGCCCGCAGGAUCGUCAGGAUCAAUGCCCUUACUUUGCAUGGACGCUGUAUCAACCGAUGUGGCCCACAGAACCAGAACCCGAUCAACUACGAGGAGUGUGGAGAUCGCCGACGAGGGGGUCAGCGAGCGCAUCGGCACCAAGGAGUCCCGGGACUACGUCAACGGCCAGUUCCACGUCGAGGGCACCUACCUGUCCCCAUCUGAAGACCCGGAAAUCGGGAAGCAACGGCAAGGAACGCCGUGUGACCUGCGUGGACUGCGGCAAGAUUCUGUUGAAGGAGAAGGUGGAGAAGUCCGAGAGCGAGAACGAACGGAUCACGAAGAGCCCAGCCCUGACAACCCAGGACCUGGAGGAGUUUGCAGAGUUCCAGGAGUUCCGCCGCUGGCAGAAGGGUCAGUCGGCAGGGUCCAAAUCUUCGAAGAAGUAGGUCUGACGGAGGAAGAGUUCCGCCAUCUGUCCAAACCAACGAGUGGAAGGAAGAUCAAGAGACUGAACCGAGUCACUUGCCAAGCAAGAGCCGCUCUCUCUAGUGCUGAAGAAGUAUGGAAGGAACUUAUGAACUUGAUCUGUACAGAACCUAGCCAACUCGAAGAGCGGGGUUGGCAAAACUUUUGGACAGCUGCUGUGGAUCCAAAGGAUCAGACUAGGGUUACGAACCGCAAGGCAAUGUACAAAUAUGGCAGUCUCUUGGGUAGGGAUCGGAACAGCAUGAAAACUGUGGCUGAAGUGUAUAACCCCGAAAGAUUUGGGAAACAGGCUAAAAAGGUUGGACUGAUCAAGGGUGCAGCAUUUGAUUUGACACUAGGACAUGACUUGCUGAAACCGGAAUUCCAGACUGAGGUACUGAGGUAUUUGAACCAGGUUCAACCAGGUCUUGUGAUCGUCUCGCCGCCCUGCACUCUCUUCUCGUUAAUGCAGAACAUGAAUAAUCAUCGCAAAACUAGGAGGUUUUUGAAACGACUCCGUGAUGCCAGAAGACUUUUAAAAUUCGCUGUCAAGGCCACUCUCCUAGUACGUGCGUAUGGUGGCUCCUUUGUGUUCGAGCAUCCCCUGACUUCCAGAGCUUGGUUAGAACAUGAAAUGCAACAGCUCAUGGAUCUCGAUGACGUGCUGUUGGUGGCAACUGAUCAGUGCUACUUCGGUCUGAAAUCGGUAACCGGUGGGUUCCAUAAGAAGCCAACAGGCUUUUUGACCAAUUCGCCUUCGAUUGCCCGAGAACUUGAACACCGCUGCCGAGGAGACCAUGAACAUGAACUCAUUUUGGGUUCCAACUGUGGAGGUAGUCGAGCUCAGCAAGCCCAAGAAUAUCCGCCUCGAAUGGUCAACGCCAUCCUUCGAGGAUACCGACAGCAACUUCAAGGAGCAGAAAUCCAAGUGAUCACCACAGAUGAAGUACAUCGAGACUGGUGUCAAGGUCAACAACGACAUCAGACUAUCGUGGAGAUGAUGGAGCUCUACGAGCCAAACGAGAUCUACGUCGGGGAUGAGGAGAAUGAUCCUGAGAAUGCCAUGGAGGACACAGCUGAUUUACCAGCACCUGAUUCAGAACCUGGAGGUCCUCAAGAAUUAGUUCGUGAGGGAGACCUUCCACCAGCUGUACUACCUGGUCAUGAUGCGGAUCAACGAGAUGAUUCAGAACGUGGCGGCCGACUUCCUCGAGAACGACCUUUUUCUGUCGCUCAACUUGUACGGAGAGCUCAUGAAGGACUUGGACAUCCAGGUAACGACAGGCUGGUUCGGAUCUUGAAGAAUGCCAAGGCAUCUGAGGAAGCAGUACGGCUAGCUCGGAAUUUGAAAUGUUCGGUGUGUCAACAACAUGCAGCAGUACACCCCGCUCGAAGAGGAGCACCACCGAAACAGUUGCAUGUGAAUGAGAUUGUCGGGGUGGACACGGUCUUCUUGCCCUUUCUGGAGGGCAAGACACGGAUGGCCCUGAAUAUAGUCGAUUGGUCAUCGAGGUUUCAGAUGAUCAUCCCACUUCGAAGUCACACACCAAGUGAGGCCCGACGAGCAUAUGCACAAUGGAUCAAAUUCUUUGGGCCACCAACCAGAGUCUAUGUGGAUCUGGGCAGAGAGUUCCUGGGCGCCUUCGAAAUGGGCGCUGAACAUGAUGCUACGAUAUUUGAACCAAGUGCCCUGGAGAUGCCAACUCAGAGAGGAAUCACCGAGCGUGCUGGGAAGUCCUACAAGGAGGUACUCAGUAAGGCGAUGAUGCAUUACACGUGCCAAACAGAAGAAGAUUGGAAUCUCCUUGUCGAUGUGGCCAAUAUGAUGUGCAACAGGCUGAUCAACAAGUCAGGCUACAGUCCAGUACAGCGAGUAUUAGGUUUUAAUCCUCGCAUACCAGGUGGUCUUCUGACAGGAGGAGCUAACGACCACUCUACCCGAAGUCUCAGUGGAGGAGAUUUACAAGUUCAAAAGGCCAACGAGAUGAGACUGGCAGCAGCGAAAGCCUUCCAUGAGGCAGAUUGUCAACAAGCAAUCAAGAACUCCAUCCAUGCAGGCCACCGGAAGCAUAUUGACUUCGAGGUGGGCCAGACCGUUUAUUUUUGGAGAAAGGGGAUGGAGGGGGCCAAGCGUGACCGACCUGGCUAUUGGCGAGGACCUGCCCGGGUGGUACUUACUUCACCACCUAGUACCGUUUGGGUGAACUUCAGAGGCUACGUGGUCAAGGCAGCACCCGAACAAUUGAGAUUGGCGAGUGAGGAGGAACAGUUCACCCUGACCAAAUGGAUCGAUGAUAUCGCCAACACACGGCAGGAGUUGGAACAACAACCACGACAAGGAUACAUCGAUUUGACCAAGGAACCUUUCCCUCUUGAAGAUGAUCCUGGAGAAGGCGAGGCACUACCAGAUCAAGAACACGGACGAGCUCCUCAAUAUCGCCUAGUUGGAAAAAGAGAUCACCGACAGGUCAUCUACAAGGACGAUCAGUUGGAAGAUACAUGGGUGAUGGACGAGCGACUGGGAUUGGUGGUUAAAAUACAUCAACAACCUCGAGAUUGGCUAUUUGAUCCCAAUGAAGCUUCAGCCGACUGUCCAGUGGAGAUGGAGAGACUGACACCGAUGCGGAGAACCUAUGGCAAGUUUGUGAACACUGGAAGGGAGUUCAAUAAGACCGACAACUGGCAGGAGCACAUCACUAUGGAUGUGAUGACACCAUGGACUGGUCGUACCGAAUUUGAGAUCUCCAAGACGGCGGAGAAACAUGCGGCCACACCCCAUGAAGAAGAACGUGAUCGAAAAAGAUCACGAAUUGCCGAGGGUGAAGCAUCGGAGCAUCCAGCCGGAGGACUUCCCGUGGAGGAGAAUGACGAGUACGAGCCCGACUUCAUCGAGGACGAGAUCCGACAUGGAGAAGUUCGACCACGGGAGGUUGUCGAUGAGGAGACGAUUGAGAAUGACGAGACCCUGGAGAAUGAUGAGCCGGACGCAAAGAGACUGAGAAUACGGUUCUUGGACACUUACAUGACGAGCGUCGAGAGGAUGCUGCAGGCCAAGAUGAAGAAAGAGGUCCAAUUCCAACAUAUUCCCAAGGAUCAAAAGCAACAAUUCAUCGAGGCCAUCAAGAAGGAGGUCCGUAACAACUUGGAAACCAAUGCCUAUGAAGUCUUGGACCCUACGACAUCGGAAGAAGUACGACGCACUGCUGGCGACAAGAUAGUGAAAUCACGUUUUGUCUUGACGGAGAAGAACAUCGAGGAGGAUGAUAUCCCAGCAGCCAAGAAGGCUGGUGUACUUCUGAAGGAGAAGGGAAACGAAAGUACAAAGGCAAAAGCUCGACAUGUUAUGAAGGGCUUCAGUGAGACCAAUGCCGAAGAGCUGGAAACUACAACACCUCAAUGUGCAAGGGACACAGUUCUAUGCACCCUGCAGUUGAUCUGUAGCAUGGCCUGGUUGCCGGGAUACUUAGACUUCACUCAGGCUUUUCACAGUGGUGACGAGAUCAACCGAGAAGUCUAUGCUUCCCAACCUUCCGAAUGUCCUCUACCUGGAUAUUUACCGAGGCAACUCUUGAAAUUGAAGAAGACUUGCUAUGGACUGCUUGAUGGUCCCUAUGCCUGGUACCAACAUCUCCUCCGGAUCCUGACGAAACAACUUGGUUAUCGACAAAGUGCCGGAGAUCCAUGCCUUUUCUAUUUGACUGACGAUGACGACGUGUCUAAGCUCAAGGGUGUGAUCAGCGUGGCCACGGAUGAUCUAUUGCAUGGAGGUGCUUUGGCCAGUGCCAAGGUGACUGGCAUGGGAGGAGCCAACACAAGGCUGAUUGACGUGGUGGCUCAGACUGGCUAG